AUUUUCUAAGAGGAAGCAACACAAAUGGGUCAAAUUCUGUCGUCGUCGUCGUCGUCGUCGCACCAGCGUCAACACCAACAACCUCAUCAGCAACAACCUCAACAACCUCAUCAGCAACAACAGCAACAACAGCAGCAGAGGCAGCCGCCGAGCCAGAAGGCGCCUGCGACCGCGACCGGCGCAAACCGCCUCCAAGUGGUCUUCUUCCCGGACGCCAACCUGGUGUGCAAGUUCUGGCUGGAGCAAGGGGCGUGCAGACACGGCGCGUCGUGCAAGUUUGCGCACACACAGACGGGCCUUGCGACGCUGCUCAAGGCGCUGCACUCUGCGCGGGCGACGCUGGACGUGUGCGUCUUCACCAUCACCUGCGACCAGAUCUCGGACGCGCUGAUCGAGGCGCACAAGCGCGGCGUCAAGGUGCGCGUCAUCUCAGACAACGACCAGAAGGACACCCUGGGCUCGGACAUUCACCGGAUGGCACAGGCGGGCAUCCCGACGCGCACCGACGCAGAGGCCUCGCAUAUGCACCACAAGUUUGCCAUUGUCGACAACUCGCUCGUGCUCAACGGAUCGUUCAACUGGACACGCCAGGCGGUCCUCCAAAACCAGGAGAAUGUCGUGAUUAGCGACGAUCCGCGACUUUCGCACGCGUUCGCGGCCCAGUUUGAGUCGCUUUGGCAAAAGUACGCCAGGAACCUCGUCAAGAACUAAGAGGCACACCUAAUGCGUAGCGGAUGGCUGUUUUGUGGUGGUGGUGGUGGUGGUGGUGGUGGUCAUCAUUGGUGAUCACGAAGGUGUUGUCAAUUUUGUUAGGGGGUGUUGUUCGCAUUGGUCGCCCGAUUUCGAGGUUUUUGGAGUACAAAGCUUUUCGGGUCUUCGAAUUGUUAGCUCAUGUAGAAUACAGUGGAAUUCAAAACCAAG